UACUGCGCUCUCACCUCGCCCGCGCGACACCGAGAUUCGCGACGAUCCAACUCACAUCGUCCACGCGUCACCAUCGCACCAGUCGACAUGGCGAAGACGGAGGGCGCCGCCAGCGGUGAGCGGCGGUACCGCGGGGUGCGGAAGCGGAAGUGGGGGCGGUGGGUGUCGGAGAUCCGACUCCCCAACAGCCGGGAGAGAAUCUGGCUGGGGUCGUAUGAGUCUCCUGAGAAGGCCGCAAGGGCCUUCGACGCCGCCGUCUUCUGCCUCCGGGGCCGCCGCGGCCGCCUCAACUUCCCCGACGCGCCGCCUCGGAUAUCCGGUGGCCGCUCCCUCAGCGCCCGCCAGAUCCAGGCCGCCGCCGCCCGCCACGCCCACAACGACGACUUCGCCGACGCCGUGCCGGCGCCGGAGAUGUCGCUGUCGGAGGCCGCAACGGUGGCGAGCGAGGACGUGCUCGACUGGUCGUUCAUGGACCUGCCGACGGCGCCGGAUGGAGUCGGGACGGAUUUCCCACCGGCGACGAUGGAUGACUUCGCUUACGAUUUCUUUCCGCCGGCGCCGGCGUCAGCGCCGCCGGAUGUAGCGGAGGAGAACGGGGGAGUGGAUUUCGGGGCGAAUUCGUUUUUGUGGAGCUUCUAAGAUUUUUUAUUUGCAAGUAAUUAUUGUGUUUCCCCGUUCUCCUCGAAGGGUAGUCGGGGGGAACAACGGCGAGUUUUUUCAGCCGAGGGAUAUUUGGGGCCGCCCGCCGGGAGUUUUGAAUCUGGCGGCGGCUGCCUUGCCUAAUAUUUGGAGCUGUUGGGUUUAACUAUUUGUUCUCACACUAGAAUUUAGAUGUUUGCAUGGAAAGAGUUUUAAUAUGUGCAAGGAAAAGAAAUGAUAUUAAAAUACUGCUAACUCUCUGCCCCACCCUUCCCCUCUCACUCUCUCUCUCAUUCACUCUGAAAUUGCUACCUUAGGAGAAUUUCAUUUGUAUUGCUUCAACUCUGUAAGCUUUUCAUUUUACAAAAAAUGAAUAAAGGAUGGACAGACCUAACAUUCACACUA